CAGGUUUGAUGCCCGGUUCAGAGCCUGGUUGCUUGCGCUGAAAAUGACCCUGCCAAUCUGCUGUGCAGGAAUGGCCUCCACCGGGAACCUUUCUGAAGAGCAAGUGCACUGCUCCAUCUGUCUGGACGUCUUCACCAACCCCGUGUCCAUCCCCUGCGGACACAACUUCUGCCAGGGCUGCAUCCUGGGAUACUGGAAAACCAGCCCUUUGUACCAGUGCCCUAUGUGUAAGAAGUCUUUCUGCAAGAGGCCGGACAUUAGCAUCAACACGGUGCUGAGGGAAAUCGCUGAGCAGUUCAAGGAGAUCAGGAUUAGAAGUGCGGAAGAAAAGGUGAGCGAAGAGGUGGAAGGCGAGAAGAAGUGGACGAUGGAAAGAAAGAAAAAGGAGGAUGAGGAGAGGCUUUUGGAGGAGGAGCAGAAGCAAGAUGUUCGGGAGGAGGUGAGAAGUAAGGAAGAGAAAAAGCUUCUCCCAGAGGAUUUACCACCGCUUAUCCCCCCUGUGCCAGCACCCAGAAGAUCUCCUCCACCCUCACCAGAUCAGGAACCAGCUCCACUGCUCCAAAUAUCCCCCCCACCUUCACCUCAAAUCCCUAGUUCUUCACCUCCCUCCUCUUCACUCCCACUUCCUGCUUGGGAGGAGGUAUUCUGUGAUGUGUGCCUGGGCGACGGCAGACCAAAAGCCAUCAAAUCCUGCCUCGUUUGUCUCACCUCCUACUGCGAGGAGCACCUGAAGGCUCAUUCGGCCCGGUUCACCAAGCACAAGCUGAUCGAGCCCGUCGCCAACAUGGAGGACCGGAUGUGUCCGAAGCACGAGAGGCUCCUGGAGCUCUUCUGUAAGAAGGACCAGACCUGUGUGUGCGUCCUCUGCACCGAGACCGACCACCGGGCGCAUUACACCGUCCCCGUGGAGAGGGAAUGGAUGGAGAAAAAGGCGCAGCUGAAGAUGACAGAAAUAGACAUCCAGCAGAUGAUCCACGAGAGAGAGAAAAAGUUGCAUGAGAUCAAACUCUGCGUGGAAGAAAACAAAGUGAGUCCUGCUGAGCUCAAACACUUAG